GCGGAAGGGUCGCCUUCAGAGCGCCGUGCCGGACGGAGAAUGACAGAGAACUCGGGAUAAAUGGCGGCCGCCGGGCGGAAGACGAGGCAGCGGCUGCUGGUCCUCUUCUGGACUCUGAGCUUACCAGCUGUUUUGUGUUUUAGUGAGUUGUCUUUUAUGACUGAACCCAGUGACAAGACGGUAUCUCACAGUGAUCACGUUGUGAUGGACUGUCUGGCCCAAGGAGAGCCACCCGUGGACGUCAGAUGGCAGAAAAACGGGGCCAAACUUUUAGAGAGCGACCGUGUCCGCGUCUUACCCAAUGGAUCGCUGUCUCUCUCGUUUGUGAGGAGAGGAGGAGAGCAGUCCGACGAAGGCUUCUAUCAGUGCCUGGCUCACAAUAAAUAUGGAGCCAUCCUAAGCCAAAGAGCUCGUCUAACAAUCUCAAGUAUCUCAUCUUUUGUGACCCAGCCCUCUCCUGUGGUAGUUAGUGAGGGCUCUGUCGCUAGGUUUGCCUGCAGUGUCACAGCCAACCCACCAGCCAUUAUCACAUGGGAAUUCAACCAAAGAGCUCUGCCUCUGGAGACAGAGAGAAUCACAGUGUUACCAAAUGGAGUGUUGCAGAUUCAUGAGGUAAAACCAGAGGAUGCAGGGGUGUACUGUUGUGUAGCCACCAACAUUGCUAGUCGACUGAGAAGCAGAGAGGCUACACUUACUGUCAACCCAGCUUCUGGAGCCAAGCCGCUUAUGAAGCCGCAGAUCAUUGCAGGUCCUCAAAACAUCAGCGCCAGCCUGCACCAGACUGUCGUUUUGGAGUGCAUAGCAGAGGGUAACCCUCGGCCUCUGGUGUCCUGGAGCAGGGCCGACUCCAAGCCCAUUGAUGUGUUUGGCUCAAGAGUGCUGGGGAAUGGAAACCUUGUCAUUUCCAGUGUAAAAGCCCAACAUAGUGGAAUUUACUUGUGCAGAGCAACAACACCACGCACAAGGAACUACACCAUCGCUGCUGCAAACCUCACUGUGCUUGUGUCCCCAUCUCUGGUGGAAAAGCCAGAGAGUCAGACGCGCCCCAGAGCGGGCACAGCUCGAUUCAGCUGCCAGGCAGAGGGGAUGCCUUCUCCCCGCAUCAGCUGGCUGAAGAAUGGGGCAGCCAUCCACUCUAAUGGCAGAAUUAAGAUGUACAACAGCAAACUUGUGAUAACCCAGAUAAUUCCUGAGGAUGAUGCCAUCUACCAGUGCCAGGCUGAAAACUCUCAGGGCUCAGUUCUGUCCAUGGCGAGGCUGAUUGUGGUCAUGUCAGAGGAUCGGCCCAGUGCACCCCGACACGUCCACGCUGAGACCAUCUCCAGCUCAGCCAUCUUACUGGCCUGGGAGAGACCUCAGUACAACGCGGAAAAAGUCAUUGCUUACUCAGUGCACUACAUGAAGGCAGAAGGUCUGAACAACGAAGAGUACCAGGCAGUGAUUGGAAACGACACAACUAGCCACAUUGUGGACGAUCUGGAGCCGGCAUGUAACUACACAUUUUAUAUAGUGGCCUACAUGCCCAUGGGAGCCAGCCGCAUGUCUGAGCAAGUUACACAACACACACUGGAGGAUGUGCCCCUCCGUACCCCUGAGCUCAGCCUUACCAGCCGCAGUCCUACCAAUAUUUUGGUGUCUUGGCAGCCUCUUCCUGCAAAGCUGAGCCGCGGACGUGUCUCUGCCUAUCGCCUGUCCUUCCGCACAGCUGCUGAUGAACAGGUGAGCUCUGUGGAGCUGCCUGGAGAAGGGGAGAACUCUACUCAGCACCUGCUUCAAGGCCUGCAGCCAGACACCAUCUACCUGCUUCGUAUAGCUGUCUCCACACGCAUAGGCUGGAGCCAACCCUCAGCCUGGAGUUCACACCGCACACCCAAAACCUCCAGCUCCACUGUGCCCCCUGCCCCUAAUCUGGAGCUGGAGCCCCUGAACUGCACCUCCAUUACUGUACGCUGGCACCCUGCACCCAGUGAUGCUAUUAUCCAGGGUUACAAGCUCCUCUAUUACCCUGAUGGCCAAUCAGAGGGCUCUACUAUCCAGUUCCGCCCUCAGGACUACCAGCACACCAUUGCAGGACUUGAUCCAAGAAGGAAGUACCAUGUGAAGCUGCUGGCCUUCAGCGCUCAUGGGGAUGGCUAUCAGGCACAUCAGAUUGUCAGCACUCCUGGCUGUCCUUCGGCUCCCAACCGGAGGUUGGCCACACUGCCUGCUCCAGAUCAUGUCCAUGGCCAGACUAACAGCUCUUCAGUAGUGAUGCUCAGCUGGGGCCGUCCUGCCUUCAGUUCAGGAAAGCCAGUCAGCUAUUCAAUCCGUUAUGGCCCUGUGGCUCCAUACAAUGCUUCGGCUGUUCGCUACCUCCAAACGACUGAACAGACAGUGAUGGUGCAAGGACUAAGGUCCAACACACGUUACGAGUUUGUUGUGCGUUUACACAUGGAUCAGAUGUCCAGCCCCUGGAGCUCCCCCAUAUAUCAGAGAACCCUCUUGGAAGCUCCAUCCUCUCCACCGCUGGCAGUGAGAGCGACUCUGAUAGAGGAUGACACAGCGCUGGUGUCCUGGAGGCAGCCAGAGCAGACCAACCUGGUUGUGACCCACUACACCAUCCUCUAUGCCUCGCAAAGAGCGUGGCUCGCAGGAGAGUGGCAGGUUUUACAGAGAGAAGGGAGCAAUACCAUGGCUCUGCUAGAGAAGCUGGAGUCAGGUAAUGUCUAUAUGGUGAAGAUCUCAGCCUCAAAUCAAGCUGGUGAUGGCCCUUUCUCCAACAUGGUGGAGCUCCCCGUACUCAGAGGGAAAACGCACCAGGGCAAAAACCCUCGCCAUACAUACAGCCAGACUGAGACUACAGUUUUUACAGAUGGCCUGUAUCGCUUUGAUGAAAAGUCUAUGACGGGUAUUAUAAUUGGUGUGUGUAUAGCACUGGCCUGUAUCAUUAUCUGUAUCUUCAUCCUGAUCACUAAAAGCAAAACAAGGGGAAAGUCCUCAUCUUCAAAGAUGACUGGACGGGUGAAUGGUGAAGUCAUGCAUAAUGGUGUGCCACCAGCCAAUCAACACCAGGCAGAGAAUGCUGAGGUUCUGGUACCAAUGAUGGGAAACCAUUUCAUCGACACUAAGGGUGGGACAACUUUGAUGAUAAACCAUAGUGGACCCAUUAUCAGUAGCAGUCAGAACAAGGCAAGGAAGUGGAACAUUUUCAGCAGUGCAGAAAAGCGUAUUCCAAAAAAGAACCAGGUUGUGGAGCGAGGAUGUUUUUAUGAGGUGGGUAAGACAGUGUUGCAGUAUGAGGAGGAGCAAGCAGUCGCAUCUCUUCAGCCUUCUUCCCUGCAGAUCUUCUAUCAUCCACUAGGAGAAUCAGAGAGCUCUCAGACCAGCGAGGGCAGCAGAGACACAGGAGAUUCUGGAAACUUCUCUCACGACGAGGCAGAAACCAGCAGCCCUAACAUGUGUCAGCAGCCCUUUGUGUGCAAAGACAAGAGAGGUCCCUCAGAAAACGUUGCGACAGUGAAUCAUGGUGGAAUAUGUAUGAGAGAAGACACAUCGAGCUGUGUUCUGAACGUCUGUGAUUACGCUUCUGGCUGA